UACAAUAAAUAAUACAGAAGUGCAAGAUUUGCUACCGAAUAAUUUCGGCUUGAUCUCUACGACCUUAAACCCCAAUUACCCAAUCAAAUGAAAAUUAUCAUCCAAUAAGCUCGGAUGCUCUCCAUUGACACUCUCGUUUUCCGGCACCUGUAGCCGCCUACCUUUCCGUACAUCGAGUGUGAUGUCAUAGUUGUCGUAGUUCUCGACGACGGGAACUAGUUCCGGUGUCAGUAAUCUCUCACUCUCUCUGGCUUUACAUGGAUUCUCAGAGUUCCGAUGCCGCAAACAGACCCCAAUUCUCUGAAGAAAGUAGGAAAGUUCAAGGUGAUGUCGUAAUGGAAAAUGCUUUAGAGGAAGCUCAAUCAGUUGCAGGAGAGCAUAUGGCUUAUCACAUGUGUGCGUAUUUUGGGGUUGUCUGGUGCCACAAAUGUAGCUAUGUUUCUUGUCUUGUAGAUAGCUGCCAUGAAAGACUUCAUCAACUGAUUAAUGGAGACUCACUAGACUUUGGUGCUUGGAACUCACUGAUCACAGAAAUUGAGAAAAUUCAUCCUGAUGACAUAGAUAUGAUUUCUUUGGCUUAUGACUCCCUUUUGUCGAAGUUCCCAUUAUGUCACUGGUAUUGGCAGCGAUAUGCUUAUCACAAGGCCCGGCUAUGCAAUGCUGAUAAGGCUGUUGAAACCUUUGAGCAGGCAGUUGAGUUAACACCAUUCUCUGUCGGUUUGUGGUAUGAAUAUUGCCACUUUGCCAUAACUUAUUCUGAUGAUCCAGAUGAUGUUCGUAGAUUGUUUCGAAAAGGCUUGGCUAUUGUAGGGAAGGAUUAUUAUUGUCAUGUGCUAUGGGACAAAUACAUGGUAUUUGAAUUCUCCCAGCAGAAGUGGGUCGUUCUUGCUAAAGUUUAUGCUCAGGCUCUACGCUUCCCUACACAGAAACUACAGAAAUAUUAUAAAAUCUUUAAGGACCUUGUAAUCAUUUUGGAGGAGGAGAUUCGAUCUCUGAAUGAUGGAAACCUUGAAGUGCAAGCAGAAGAGUUGUAUAAUGGAGCAUCUGCACUAUCUGACAAAGAAAUUUCUCAGGUUGUCAAUGACCUCUGGGAUCCUUGUGAUAUAUCUGUGAGGUGUAAAGCAUUACAUAGAUAUAAAUUUAUUGGUGAUCAGCUGUAUCAGAAAGCAUGCCAGCUCGAUGAAAAAAUAAAAAGCUUUGAAUCAAAUAUCCAAAGGCGUUAUUUUCAUAUAACUCCUAUAGACGAUGAUCAACUAAACAACUGGCAUCGGUAUCUUGACUUUAUUGAAAAGCAAGAGGAUUUUGAUUGGGCACUGAAACUUUAUGAGAGAUGCUUGAUAUCAUGCGCUAAUUACCCUGAAUUCUGGAUGCGCUAUGUGGACUUCAUGGAGGCUCAGGGGGGACGAGAGUUGGCAUUGUUUGCUAUAGAGCGGGCAAAAACAGUAUUUCUAAAUAAUGUUCCAGGGAUCCAUCUUUUCUCUGCCAGAUUCAAGGAAGAAAUACGGGAUUUAGGCGGUGCUCGUGCAUCCUUUUCUAAUUAUGAUUCAGGCUGUGAUAUCUAUUUCAUUGAAAGUGUUGUAAAACAAGCAAACAUGGAAAAGCGCCUGGGAAAUGAUGAAGCAGCUUGCGAGAUUUAUGAGAAAGCGCUUAGAUGGGCAAUGCCAGAUAAGGAGAAACAGCAUUUUCUUCCAAAGCUAUACAUCCAUUAUUAUCGGCUUAAACACAUGCUCACAGGUGGCGCAGACACUUCUAGAGAUGUAUUAAUAGAAGGAAUAAAACAGGUACCUGACAGCAGACUUCUUUACGAGGAACUGAUUAGACAUGCAAUGAUGCAUGAUGGAGCUAAACAACUGAGCAUCAUGGACUCAAUUAUAACCACCGCAAUCUCUCCAUUAUCCGAUGGAUCCCAAGGUUUGGAUAUAAAAGAUAGAGAGUAUAUAUCAACUUUAUUUUUAGAGUUUGUUGAUCUUUGCGGAACGGUCCACGAUGUAAAGAAGGCAUGGAAUCUUCACAUCAAAUUGUUUCCCCAGCUCAUAAGGGUCAAUCCAUUAUAUAAAUACCCCACAUCAAAAGAAAGACAAAGCAACUCCUCUGUCCCGUUUAAUCUGUCGUCUAAAAAUCAGAGUUCCGGCGAUCUAAUCCGGCAGCCCGAGCAGGAGAAGUUACCUUCGCUUCCACUGGUAGACGAUAAACAGCCCAGCAAUGUAUCUGCAGAGCAAAUCCCGACACUGGAUGAUGAUGAUGUUGCAAAUAAAAAGUUGCAGCAACUAUCUCCAAAGGUUUCUGUCGACUUUGAUGAUGAAUCAAAAACUGAUGCAUCGAAACAAAUGGAAUUAGUUGAUGGAUUGGAUCCGCGACCUAAAGAAGAUUGUCCUCAACAGAUGGACUGGACGUCUAUCUCUGAACGUCAAUCCAAAGAAGAUGCAUCGAGACUGCCUGAGCAAGAACAGCCAUCGGGACCAAAUGUGCCUCCAGAAACCUCUGAGGAAGAAGCUAGGUCAACGAAUAUUUUAUGUCCGCAGGAACUUGAGCUCGAAAAGCAACUGGAAUCAGUUUCUUUGGAGAAAAUUUCCCCAGAUUCUCAACAAGUACCCGAGGGUCAAGUUCUUGUGGCCUCCAAUCAUCAUGGUAGUGAAGAAAUUCCCUCAACUAGCAGUGGAAGUUCAGAAUUCACCCAUCCUAUACAGACACAGAAUGGUCAAGGUGAUCCCGAACUCCCACUAGUUUCAGAGAAGUCCGGUCAAGGAAACAUCCAACCUCGGGAAAGUGCUGCUCAGGAGGAUAUAUCAGUUAAACAUGGCUCGGAAAACCAACCACAAAUGUUUUCCUCACCCGUUUCUUCCGCACAAGGAAAUACCGUAGAAAACACAAUGCAAACUAGCCAACAGGUUGGGCACGCACACCAAGGCCAAGCGUACGAUCAGAUGUGGCAAUAUCAUUCUCAGCAGCAGUACGAACUUCUGCAGCAACAAUAUCAGCAGUAUCAACAGCAGUUUCUGCAAAUGCAGCAGUCCUACCCCCAUCAACAACCGUAUUUUAAUCAACAAACCUAUCAGCAGCAAGUCCCGAUUUUCCAACAGCUUCAGUCGCUUCCAUAUCAACAACAGAUACAGUAUCAACAGCAAAUGCAGCAACAAUAUCAUAAUCAGCAAUAUCAACAGAUGGUCCAAUCAAUGCAGCCGUAUAAUCAAUCACCGGCACUUGCUUACCAGUACCAAAUGAAUCAACAAGGAUAUGAGCAAGUUUUGCAGCAAUACCAACUGAAUCAACAAAUAUCGCAUAGUUUGCAGCAACAACAAGAACAGGGAGGAUAUCCCCAGGUUCAGCAACACCAAGAACAGCACCAGCAUUUGCAGGAGCAACUAGAUCAGGGCCAACAGAUUGUACAACAUGGUACCACAUCUCUUGAAUCCCAACCUGAACGAGUUUCAACGCAAUCAAAGACUGCCGAAGAGGGGUCUAGACAUCCCAAAUCUGCACAGGGAAGCCUCUAGCUCAUCGAAUCUGAUCUUCGGUGUAGUUCAGGAACAUCAUAAUCUUGUUGCUUAUACAGUUUAAAAGCAUGCUUCCUUGAUCUAUGAGAACGAUGUAUACUAAUGGGGAAUGAACAUGUUCUGCUCAGAAAUCGGGCAAGUUCACCCACCCUCAAAUCACUUGGAAGAAGGAAGUUGGUGAGUUAUAAUUCUCAAUGAAAUGAAAUUCACUCUUUUGAGUGUAUAAUGUUCUCUCUGUCUAA